AACGCAUACUGUUUGACUCUUUUCAAGUGGAUGGUUAGGUAUUGAUUCCCUCCUCUCUUCCAUUCUCUUCUGUCACUGUCUCAUUCAUUUGCUUGCGUUCUUUCAUUCAUUCUCCUCCCCUCCUCCUUCAUCUUCACCGAAGCAUCUCCACUCCAGCAGCCGACUCCUCCACCUCUGCCACCGCCAUCUCUGUCUCUGUCUAUCUGACAGUGGCGUCAAAGCAAUAGUGAUGGAAGAAGAUAAGAGAUUGGAUUUCAAUCAGCCUUUCCUCUCGGUGAGGCGUUUCUCACCAGCAGUGCCGCCCCCCGAAGCCAAAGAUAAAUCGAGAAAGACCAAACGUACGCUCCCGAAAGUACCCCAGCCUCCUCCCUACCGAUCGGAGCUGAAGUCAGGUCCCCUGAGGAAUCCUGGGACAGUUCCUUUCACAUGGGAGAAGAGUCCAGGAAGGCCGAAGUGCGAAGGGAAAUCACUGAAUCACACUCAGCAGAAGCUUCCUGGAGCCCCGAAGCUUCCACCUGGAAGGACCCCGGAUCCUAAACAAGAUGAGUCAAGCAAAGCAUCCAGCGAUUGCGCAAAAGACAUUCGAUGCUGGGACCAUGUACUGGCUGAUAAUAUUGUAGCCAAACAAGAGAGGCCCGACCAAAGCACGGAGCUGGGGACGACCUCAGCGGUGGAGGAUGGUGAGGAGACCUACUAUGAUGCACCGGACAACCUCUCUCGAACGGAAUCUUUCUUUUACAACUGCAGUAUCAGCGGUCUAAGCGGAUUGGAUGGAUCAGACUUGAGGUCGUCUGGGAGAUUCGCGACGGACCCGCAAGUCCAAGAUUUCAUGAUGGGCCGCUUCCUGCCCGCUGCCAAGGCAGUGGCUUCGGAAACGCCUGCUCACAGUUACGCCCAAAAAAAGCAACCUCAACCACCAGUUGCUCGAGAGCAACCGAGACUGCGAGUAAAGAAGGCCUCAGAUGUGAACAAGCAGCAUCCACUUUAUCAAUUCAACCCGAGUUUCUUGUCCCGUGUAACGGGGCAAAUAUCAGGGUUUGAAAGCGAAGAAGAUGAUGAUACUGAGCCUGAGAGUUCAACACUGAAGGUUUGCGGCUUAUUGCCUCGGUUCUUGCUGAAGAGUUCGUUUUGCAUCUCAGAUGCCGGGCCAGAUAUGGGAGUUCGGAAUGUGGAGAAGCGCAAUGGGAAGAGCAAGACCAGUAGAACAAACCAAUCUACUCAUCAAAGAGAUUCUCGGAAUGUGGAAGUUUCAGCUAAGAACCAGCAUUUACUGGAGCACGGAAACUUGCCCGGCGAGAUCGGGUCGUCUAUCCCUCACUCCAGUUUUCAGGAAGAGAAAGGGGCACAGGAAAAAGGAUGCACCAGCUUCAGAGAUUUAUUGGCCAAUGAUGGUGACGAAUGGAAAUCGUCUUCAGGCUCCAGAGGUCCCAUGGUCGAGAGAACCCUUUACAUAGAUUCAUUAAGGACCAUAAACUCGCGCAGUUCGGAUACGAGUUCAGUAUCAGGCCCGCCAAGCUACAGAGGGAUUGAUUUCGAUGUCAAUGCAGUGAAUGGCAGCAUGAGACAAACUGCUUCGGUCGAGUCUCUUCCAUGGGACAUUAAGGAAAUCAAUGUCGUUGAUGAAAAGGAAAUUUCGGAAGAAAAAGCUACAGAGCCCGUUGAUUCUGUUUCUUUGUUUUCCCUACCUAAUGGAAGGAGCGAUAAGAUGGAGCAAGCUGCUCUUUUUGGCUCUAGCCAUCACGAGAUCAAACACAUCGUUGUUGUAGAUGAAAAGGAAAUACUGGGACGUAAGAGUAUCGAGUCUAUUGAGUUAAACUUCCCGGAACCGGACAAGUUUAUUGCUCAGGGAACUACUCCGGAGAAUAGUAGUACAUGUCCCGCUGAUGAGAAGAUCGAUACAGAACAACAGUCAACUACGAGAUCAAGCAAUCAUGGGAAUAAUAGCCGUCCAGCCCGUUCUACCUUUCACAUUCCCCCACUCCUGCCAAAAUCUCCAGCAGAGUCAUGGCUGUUCCGCACCUUGCCCUCAGUUUCAUAUCGGUAUUCACCUGCGCGCUUCUUCCCGAGCCCGGAAGAGACCAAUAGGUUCCAAUCAGCCCUGAAGCCUCUCCCUACAGAUCCCAAGUGGGAGAAAAUCAUCAAAACCACACGGCCUUCCUCGGAAAUGCUCACGCCUAUCCCGGAAAUUUAAAAUGUCCAUAAGAAUCCCGGAAUGAAGCACGGUGGCAGAAACUUUCAGUUCAUCGACUCGAAAGACGACGGCAGGGGGCUACUGUCAAUAUGUCCAUACAUUUGUGGGUGAUUACUGCAUCUCCGUACAAACAGGUUGCUGUCAUAUAUGUCUUUGUAAAGGUCAUCACAAUCGUACUGAUAUUCUUCAUUUACACAAACUGAUUCUUUCAUGUAACUUAUCUUAAUAACCUCGGAUAUUUUUAAGAAUCAUGCCUUCCGUAUUUUCUCGUAAUCCUAGCACUAUUUCUCAAAAAAAGAAAAACAACAUAGUAGAGCGAGGCCAGUCCUUGCUAUUGCCAGAAAAACAACAUAGCGGUGGCGACCGUGGUGGCAGCAGCCUCCCUCUGUUCCUGUAUCAAGCUUAUCUGGCCGUGCUGUCUCUUAUGGCCAUCGCCAUAAGCAUACUGUGAUAAUAAUGGUUGCUGCGAUGGUUGUGAAUGAGGAUGCAGCUACGAAGAACAUGAAGAACAUUUUCAUCGCAAAAGAAAAUCUUGUUCUUCGGGAUUUGUGGACCUCAUCGUGUCAUUUUAUUUUUAUAUGUAUACAUAUCUAAUUUAAUGGAAUAUAUAUUUUUAUAUAGUGUAUUUGGUCAUUUUAUAUCUGCGAAAUUUGGAAGUUAAGAUGUUAACAUGACGACGACCAUUAUUAUAAGUUUUCCUUGAUGCAUGAUGAAUUACAUCUUAAUAUAUUGUAGAUAUCAGGCCUAACCAAUUUGACUAAAAUCGUUUAAUAAUUUAUCGCUUCCCCUUGACCAGGUGAUAAAAUAAAAUUAUGUAUAUUCAUAUGUUCCUAUCUAUAAUGUAGUGUACAUAAAGCUGCUUAAUUGUGGAAUAGUUAUAGAGAGCUAAUGGGGAGGAACGGCUUCUUGUUUUCACUAGCUGAUCACCAUGGGCGGGCCACUGAUGGCGGUCUGGCCCUAUCACAGAGCUCGGCGGGUGCAGACGGCCUCUUCUUCCUACUUUUCACGGUUGUGCUGUCUCUUACAAUCAUCUCCUCCAUCAUAUUCGCUUGCGGAGGCAGACAAAGCAGGGCAGGCGACUCCUUUCACGGUGGCAGCUGUGGUGGCCCCAGCUACGGCGGCAGCAGCAGCAACAGAUGGGGCAUUGGGGGCGGCAGAAGUAGCAGCAUCUACGGAAGAGGUGCCCUUAGAGGGGGGAGCUUCGGUGGUGGCAGUGGCUAUGAAGUUGGCCGUGGUGAUGCCUAUGAUGGAAUCAGUGGCGGCAGCAACCAGGGGUAUGAUGAUGAUGGUGCCGCUGGCAAUGACCAUGACGAAUCCGAUGGUGGCAAUGGCUAUGAAGGAGUCGGCGGCGAUGGCUUCGAUGGAGAUGACAGCAGUCCAAGAGGCCAUGAAGGAUACAGUGGCAGCAGCGGCUGAAGAAGUCUGGCCCUGCCGACCCGUAUUCGAUUCCAUGCUUCUGUAACAGAAGCGUGAAAUCCGACAGUGGUCAAAUGUCCUUCUCGGUACCGUAACUGAGUCAUAGAAUUUCUGGCAGAUGAAUCAUAUGCGAAAUUUAAUGGGCAAUAUGUCGUCGUUCUAUCUUUUGUGCAUAUCCUUUCCUUGUAAAAGGAUUUGUUAAUGUAUGUUGUUGUUGGUAAAGGUGGAGAAGACUCGGGUAUAUCUUUCAUAUACGUUAGUGUUAGGUACUUCAAUACC